AUGGACUCAGGAUCGGGCAGUUCGAGCUUGGAGUACGGAUGUGACUGUCGCUCCGUUCGUCGAGUCUCGCUCAUGGGAGCGUCGGACUACUGUCUCGACCCUAACGCCCCGCUCAGUAGUAAGUGUGGCAACGUUGAAUUGGGAGAAAGUGGAGCGUGCCCCAUUGUUGGAGCGCAGCCGUGUUCUCCCAAGGGCCACGUCCUAACGAAUGACUCGCUGUGUGCACUGGACGACAAGGACGAGACGUACAAGUGCGUGGCAAGCAAAAACGACCUGGACAUCCAGAAACACGGCAAGAAGAAGAAAAAGAAAUCCAACCGCCGUCACGGAUCCGAUUCGUCGACAAGCACAGCUCCGUCGCCUUUGUUUCAGUCGGCACGUCAAGCUCUAGCAAUUGUGAUCUGUGUGGCUGCUGGGGUUAUGGCGAUAGUGUAG